AAAAAAUCAGAGUGUAUUGAUAUGGAAAUUCCUGUGUAUGUUUUGCUAUUGCCCUUAGCAUUAUUCAUCAUAAUUGUCUUAGUGAUGAGAAGAAAGAGAUUGAAUUAUCCUCCUGGAAGUUGUGGAUGGCCAUUUCUAGGCGAAACACUAAAGUUUCUCAAGGCAAACAAGGAAGGAAAGCCAGAGAAAUUCGUUAAAGAGAGAAUAGAGAAAUACAAGUCUAAAAUCUUCAAGACUUCGUUAAUGGGAGAGACUGUGGUGGUAUUGGGUGGUGCAAGUGGGAAUAAGUUCUUGUUUAGCAAUGAAAACAAACAAGUGGUUAUUUGGUGGCCAAUAACAGUAAGAAAAAUUAUAGGAUCUUGUUUGAUUACUACUGUUGGAGAAGAAGCCAAAAUCAUGAGGAAGAUGCUUUCUACUUUUGUUAGCCCUGAUGCUUUUUCUAGACUCUACAUCAAAACCAUGCAACUUGUUGCACACCACCAUUUUAUGAAUUAUUGGCAAGGUAAAGAGAAGGUGAAGGUGUAUCCAUUGGUAAAAUUAUACACUUUCAAAGUGGCAUGUCAACUAUUCAUAAGCAUUGAAGACCAUAAUGAAGUCGAAAGGCUUUCUACGCAGUUCAACAUUUUAUUGAAAGGACUAAUUUCCCUCCCUAUAAAUUUACCUGGUACAGCAUUUUACAAAGCAAUGAGAGCUACAACAGCUAUUAGGAAAGAAUUAUUGCAAGUUGUAAAGAAAAGAAGAGAAACCUUGGAACAGAACACAGCUUCACCUUCACAAGACAUUUUGUCUCAUUUGUUGUCAUGUCCAGAUGAAAAUGGAAAGUACAUGUCUGAACUACUUAUUGUUAAUAACAUAUUGCUGUUUCUCUUUGCUGGCCAUGACACUUCAUCUGUCACUCUUACUUCACUCAUUAAGAGACUUGCGGAGCACCCUCAAAUUUAUCAAAACAUUCUGCAAGAGCAUAUUGAGAUAGCAUCAUCAAAGAAAGAAGGGGAGUUUUUGAAUUGGGAUGAUAUACAGAAGAUGAAGUAUUCUUGGAAUGUAGUAUCUGAAGUUAUGAGACUAACCCCACCUAUAAUGGGGGCUUAUCGAGAAGCAAUUGUGGAUAUAAAUUACGGAGGUUAUCAUAUCCCUAAGGGGUGGAAGUUUUACUGGAAUACUGCUUUAACAAGUCUGGAUCCAGAGAUUUUCCCCAAUGCAACGAGCUUGGAACCAUCAAGAUUUGAAGGAGUUGGACCUGCACCAUAUACAUAUAUUCCAUUUGGGGGAGGACCUCGAAUGUGUGUAGGAAAAGAGUUUGCUCGAUUGGAGAUUCUCAUCUUUCUGCACAUCUUAAUCAGGAAAUUCAAUUGGAAAUUACUUAUUCCCAACGAGAAAAUGAUAUAUGAUCCAAUGCCUACCCCUCUUGAAGGACUUCCUAUUAGCCUUCAACCUCACAAUUACUAAGAUUCUUAUGUUUUUUUUUAUAGAUACAUUAGAAACAGUGUCUAUCACACAAAUAAUAAACUCCCCUUUU